UUCGAAAUGAGUCCGGCGACGAGAUUGCCCAUCUGGGCAAGAGGUGUUGUGAGCGAUAUUGAGACUGCGCCAGAGACCUUUUCGAGCUGGGAUAAGUGCAUGGAAAAGGCAUAUUGCAAGUACGUCCGCUACGAGACAUUGGAGUCAUCGCCUAUAUUUUAACCAGACGAUACACUUUAGAUGGCCUGUUAUUGUCGCUAUCGUCAUUGGUUCGCUUAUUCUCCUGGGAGUCCUCGCCUGCGUGGUCAACUGUUUCUGCUGCGGCUAUCAAUGUUGCAAAGGGUGC